GCUAACAAAAGUCCGGCCCGCGGGCGAGCAGCGUCGGGCCACAAGUCUCCGCUCACUCGGGGCAUCGCAACAAGUGGCCGCCGCGCCCUCCCCGGGGAAGCCGCGGACGCACGGGGGCGCAGGGCGGAGGCGGAGGAGCCGGACAGCCCGGGGCAGGCGAGGCUCGGCUCGCACGGCUUGGGGACCGCGGAGGCGCAUGGGGACCCCGCGGCGGAGGAGCGGCGAGCCUAGGGGCGGCACCCGGGUGCAGGCUGUGUGUCGCGCUGCUCCUACUCUCCCGGAGCGCGGAAUCUGAGAGCCCUGGUGGUUGCCCUGGAGCCUGCCCGCCACCCUCGGGGGUGCCAGGAGCGGACCUAGCACCACCCCUCCCGUCGCAGAGCAGUGCGGAGCCCCCAAUCCCAGAUCGGCCCUCGGAAGGGGCAUGUGCAGCUAACGGUCCGGUCCUGCCCGCUUUCCUCUGCCCCGCCGCCUGGGAGGUGCGCCCCAGCUAUGCAGUGUCCAGGGAGGAGGCGGGCAUGACGGCGACAGGAUGGGCGCGAACAAUGGCAAACAGUACGGCAGUGAGGGCAAAGGCAGCUCAAGCGUCUCAUCCGACGUGAGUUCAAGCACAGAUCACACACCAACCAAAGCCCAGAAGAAUGUGGCCACCAGCGAAGAUUCUGACUUGAGCAUGCGCACAUUGAGCACGCCCAGCCCAGCCUUGAUAUGUCCACCGACUUUGCCAGGAUUUCAGAAUGGAAGGGGCUCGUCCACAUCUUCAUCCUCCAUCACCGGGGAGACUGUGGCUAUGGUUCAUUCCCCACCUCCAACCCGCCUCACUCACCCACUCAUUCGGCUUGCCUCCAGACCCCAGAAAGAGCAAGCCAGCAUAGACCGGCUCCCGGACCACUCCAUGGUGCAGAUCUUCUCCUUCCUGCCCACCAACCAGCUAUGUCGCUGUGCACGUGUGUGCCGCCGCUGGUACAACCUGGCCUGGGACCCACGCCUCUGGAGGACUAUCCGUCUCACUGGAGAGACCAUCAAUGUGGACCGUGCCCUGAAAGUACUGACCCGCAGGCUUUGCCAGGACACCCCCAAUGUGUGUCUCAUGCUGGAGACUGUCAUUGUCAGUGGCUGUCGGCGGCUCACAGACCGAGGGCUUUAUACCAUUGCACAGUGCUGUCCAGAACUGAGGCGCCUGGAAGUCUCAGGAUGUUACAAUAUCUCCAAUGAGGCUGUCUUUGAUGUGGUGUCACUCUGUCCCAACCUGGAGCAUCUGGAUGUAUCAGGGUGUUCCAAAGUUACCUGCAUCAGCUUGACCCGGGAGGCCUCCAUUAAACUGUCCCCCUUGCACGGCAAACAGAUUUCCAUCCGAUACCUUGAUAUGACAGACUGCUUCGUGCUGGAGGACGAAGGCUUGCACACCAUCGCAGCUCACUGCACGCAGCUCACACACCUCUAUCUACGCCGCUGUGUCCGCCUCACGGAUGAGGGUCUCCGCUACCUGGUGAUCUACUGCACUUCCAUCAAGGAGCUGAGCGUCAGCGACUGCCGCUUUGUCAGUGACUUUGGCCUGCGGGAGAUUGCUAAACUGGAGUCCCGCUUGAGGUACCUCAGCAUCGCCCACUGCGGCCGCAUCACGGAUGUGGGCAUUCGUUAUGUGGCCAAAUACUGCAGCAAAUUACGCUACCUCAAUGCGAGGGGCUGCGAGGGCAUCACGGACCAUGGUGUGGAGUACCUAGCCAAGAACUGCACGAAACUGAAGUCUCUGGACAUUGGCAAAUGUCCCCUGGUCUCCGACACGGGCUUGGAAUCCCUGGCUUUGAACUGCUUCAAUCUCAAGAGGCUAAGCCUCAAGUCUUGUGAAAGCAUCACUGGCCAGGGCCUGCAGAUCGUGGCUGCCAACUGCUUUGACCUACAGAUGUUAAAUGUCCAGGACUGUGAAGUUUCGGUGGAGGCCCUGCGGUUUGUGAAGCGCCAUUGCAAGCGCUGUGUCAUUGAGCAUACCAACCCUGCUUUCUUCUGAAGGGACAGCUCCCAUUG